AAUGAUCCAUGACUGCGGGUCCAGAGAAGUGUACUCUAAGAAGGAUUUUAACGUUAUGGAAUUAGCCGUUCUAAUCUUCUUCAUGGUGUCUGUUUUGGAGGCAAAGAGUGUCGUGAAGAUGUCGAAGGAGCAACAGAUCAUUCUUCUGUCGGCGGCUAAACGGAAGUGUCUGGCCGAGAUUGCUAUACUACCCAUCCCGGUAAAUGCGAAGUUCUGCAAUUCAACUUGGGACAACAUUCUCUGUUGGCAUUACACCCCGGCUGGACAACUGGCAAAACAGAACUGCCCUAACUACGUGAACUACUUCGAUACAGACGCCUUCGCUACAAAGCAGUGCCUUCCCGACGGUACCUGGUACUACGAUACAGAAAACAACCGUUCCUGGACAAACUUUUCACAGUGUAAGGUCACGGACGAUGACGAGUACAUCCCGGACAUUCCCGAGCUAAUACAGGCGCACAUGCCGAGGAUCCGUCUACUGUACAGUGUGGGAUACAGUGUCUCCCUGGUCACUCUCUUCAUUGCCGUAUUUCUCAUGCUUUUCUUUAAAAAACUGCACUGUCAGCGGAAUCGCCUUCAUUUGAAUCUGUUUGCUUCCUUCAUAUUACGUUGUGUGAUUUCGUUGCUUCGUGAGAAAAUACUGUCUGCGGGCGGAGCCUUCCUGCCAGGUGACGUCAUGUAUGACGAAUCUAAUCGUCUCCGAUUGGCUCCAGGAACGCAUUGGGAAUGUAAACUUCUGCUGACCAGCUUCCAUUUUGUGAUAGCGGCGAACUACACGUGGAUAUUUCUAGAGGGGUUAUAUCUUCACAUGCUGAUAUUUGUAUCGUACUUCACAGAGAAAAACAAGCUAAAGUGGUACAUGCUCUUUGGCUGGGUUUCCCAGUCUUGUCUGUCGUGCCUUGGGUUAUCGUCAGGAUAUAUUUUGAGGACGUUCCAUUGCUGGACGACCAACUCCAACAAAGGGUUCUGGAUCUUGAGAGGACCAAUUGUAGCUUCUAUUAUUGCAAAUUUUAUAUUUUUCUUGAACAUUGUACGUGUACUGGUUGUGAAGUUACGGGCAUCAAACAACCAAGAGACCAAGAAGUUUAGAUACAGACGUCUGGCGAAGUCCACACUGGUCCUCAUACCGCUGUUUGGAGUACACUACAUGGUGUUUCUGGUUAAACCGGAUCAGGUGGAAGCCAAAGCGGAGCUUAUACUACUGUACACUGAGCUUUUCCUCAAUUCUUUCCAGGGUUUCAUGGUAACGUUGUUAUUCUGUUUCCUUAACGGCGAGUGUGUAGCACUAGAAGAAUUGGAUAUAAUAGAUCAGGCCUGGCCCCAAACCCACAGGGGCCAGGCCAUUACAAAGUCCCUGGAGUCCGGACAUUGGGCUCCAGGAAGCUAUAUCACCAUUUGGCCUGAAGACAAGAUGGUUACACUGAUGGAUGGGGAUUCUGGAAGGGGUGACAGGGCGGAGGGCCACAGAGUCCCCGACUUUGUGGACAUUACAUCGAGCAACGACCUGGUUGAUGCUUUCAAGACUGGCCAGGUCGUUGUUCGUCAUGAAUCUGCUCCUCAACAGAGGGACUGCUGUCAGCACUGCCGACGCGAUCCCUGUUGCCGGACCAGAUUCGAGAGAUUAUCGGCAGGAACUGGCUUCCUACACGGAUGA